AUGCCGCUGCCUAUACAUAUAUGUCAUCAUGGUUGGUCCCAUUGUAUCCACGCUUCGUUAUGUUGGCGAUUGGUGCGAUGUUGGCCAUGGCUCAGUGCAGUGGGCCGAGCUAUUUGCUACCGGUUACACGGAGCUCGUAGCUUGCAGCCUUCGCAUGACCAUGACGGACAGCUCACCAUCGCCCUGGGCAUCGUGCACAGUGACACAGGUACAUACGCACACCACAUGCUCACUCCUACAUGGACAUACAUCGCUCUCCUAUGUUGACAUGGCUGCAGAGUGCUCUCGGUGUCUGUCCAUGAUGGCAUGUGAUUGGGCUGCCUUUGUCCUGACGUCGUGUACAUCUCAUUGGUAUGGAUCUUCAUCCCACCUACUGACUGGCCACGACCAUACCCACUUCUGGCUUGUGUGACCUCUGAUGGUGUGUGCAGGCUGUGA